AUGGGAAAAUUACAUUUUGAUGAUUUACGAAAGGAUGAAGAUUCAACGACGAAAAAGAAUAAAGAGACACCGAUGAAGAAGACCUAUUCCGCCCGGUACCGAAGAAUUCGUCGAGGUAGCAUGAAACCAUACGAUACAUGGAAACAGGAAUUCAUGCUGGAUCGAUGCUGCAACGAAAAGGACUUCAUUAAAGAGCUUGUGAUCUCCUCAACUCCUCAUGUUCUACUGAAUCUACUGUUGAUCGCAUACCUUCUCUUCGGAACCGUUCUACUGCAGUAUGCCGAUGAGGGAAUUGGUGAAGCAGAUUUCUCACGGGCACUACUAUUCAUAUUCACCACGAUCUUGACGAUAGGAUAUGGUAAAGUAGUCCCAACCACGGACAUUGGGAAAUUAGUCUGUAUUGCAUAUUGUGUAAUUGGUAUUCCUCUGAUAUUCCUAGUUCUGUCAAAUAAUGGCCAGUUCGUUGUAGAGGCCUAUUGGAUUAUCCGAAAAAGCGGUGGAGGCAAGAAUGACGAUGUCUCUAAAGGACUACCACUUUGGUUGUCAAUGACGCUGCUUUGCUUGCACUCACUCAUGGGUGGCCUUAUAUUCAGCACAUGGAUGGGUCAAAUGCGAUUUUUCGAUGCCAUCUAUUGCACCUUUAUCUCGGUGUCGACGAUUGGAUACGGUGAUUUGGUUCCCGCUGCAGACACAUGGGGACAUACGGUGGCGAUUAUCGCAUUUUUCUCAGCAGGAGUGGUUAUUUUAUCUACUUUAUUCGAUAGAUUUGGAUGCUAUCUACAAUAUGUGCACUAUAUCGGACGGCAGUUUCGUGGAAGGAAAGACGUUGAGAUUUGGUUCGGCGGUAGUGUCUUGACGGUUCAAGAACUAAUUACCCUGGUAGCUGAACAGUUUGGAGUAUGUCCUCGACGCUUGAGAGCAGUUCUACGAAAUUUGGACAGCAUAUUAGAAGCUGCAACGGCCUGCGACGAAACGCUUACAGGCAAGAAUCUCUCAGAGCUGUCGACGAUGUGCAAGAUUGAUGAAUUGCUCCCAAAUGAGUCUCCUCUUAUCACCUUGCAAAAAGACGAUCCACGAGCAGUACUACUGAGACAGCACGCGAUAGACGUGUACGCGACCAUAACUCCACUUUAUCGAAUUUCAUCCAAUUCGAGUAUGCAAAAAAUGACAGUCCGUGACACGGAAAAUGCAUUGCAAGCUCUUCGAGUAAUUCACCACAAACUGAACAAACCGGCACUCCGUCAGUCAGUGCGUGAACAACAACGGAAGCGAUUCGAAAUUAGGAGGACUCUCACAGAAUGA